CUGUCUUAAAUGGCGCCGUUUCUUUUCGGCCUGCUUUCCCUCCAGCUCUUGACCGCGGUGGUGAGCGCUGCUGAAUCCGGGUUCGGGGCGGCGCUCUGGAGGGGGACAAGAUCGAGACGGGCUUGAGACUCAAUGUGUCGCGGCAUCUGGCUGCCGUCGAGAAGGGGACGCCUGUCAACCAGACCCUGGACGAGAAGGCACUGCAGACGAUCAAGGACCUUUGCAAGAGUGAACAUACGUCAGUCCCCCAUGAGUUCCUGCGCUCGUCAGCCGGCCUGCAGUGCGCAGCGUAUAUCAGUCUACGUACCUUCGCUUCAAUGCCUGCCCUAUGUUGUUCUUUUCUGUAGCUAUUGUAUGGUGGCUGCUCACAGAAACCUUUUGGAGGUGAGAGAGCCAAGCACAACGCCACGAGCUCUGAGACUCAGCGAUUGUCGGUGCGUAAUAUUCAUUCAUGUCUCCCUCCGUAGGGCUGGAGGCCACAAGAUCCGAAGGGCUUCUGGACGCAACACAGCAAGGCGCUGAUCGACAGCAUGAAUGCCACGGGCUACUUCGAGAGUGACAAAGUGCUCUAUCACAUCAAGUAGGCCGUAAGAUUGCGCUGCCCUGUCAGUGAGUGCACCGCUGGUGUUUGCCGUGUGUCAGGUACUCAUCGGGCGUCAUGGGCAUCGUCGUUUUGGCUGAUGUCGCGUCUGGUGAGGAUUCAGAACAUCCGCAUGUGUCUACUUUUGAGACCCAACCCAACAUGUUAUCUUUCUUUGCCCACCAGGCCAGCUGCAGUCCCAAGAUCCGGCACAUGCAACGUUGCCACACGGUCGACACACGACUUUCCUAAUCUGAUUUCUUCACUUCUGUCCUCGUUUCGGACCGCAGAGGACCGGACGACGCUGCACGUGGCGAUAAAGAUGAGCAGAAGCGAUCCGAGCCCUUAUCGUCACGCCAUCUUUGCUGAUGAGCUACAAAAAGAGAAAACAGGUAACAAACGGGCGACUGCAACAGCAACGAAGGCACACACGCCAUUCUCACCCAUUGAUCAGCAUACAAAAAACUUGAAGACCUCAUGGCAGCUAAGGAAUGCUACUCAGCAGGCGAUGAUUAGAAGCAACCCGUGGGAAGAUGGAUGGAUGGAUGGAUGGAUGGACGGAUGUGUCAGGGCAUCUCUCGAGACACACACCUCCCUCGGAUUCCCCGAGUGUAUGUCCCCGUUCCCGGGAAAGCCGACAAGCCUCUCUCAGGUCCCUCCACACACACACACACACACACACACACACAUGUCUGCACUCAAACGCAGAAGCCAAAAAAUGCACGUGUACCUUUCGGUGGAUUUGAACCGCAGACGCCUACUUGUAUCUCGGUUCCUGAGAGGACGCAUUCUCUGCUUGCUACAUUGUGUGAUGACUCUUCUGUGUGUGUACUUUGAGUGUCUUUGCCGCAGAACGGUUCGAUGGCGAGAAUUUGUGGCACAUGUAAGACAACGAGACAUAGCAAUGAUUCACACUCGUCAAUAGCGACAUUGGUCAACUUCACCAGGCAAGAGGAGCAUGUCCCAGUCAACAGCCUAGUGCCGCUAAUGCUACCCGGCGAUAAGACGAGACACACACUCGUUCGUUUUGGUUCGUUCAUGUUGGCUUUGGUCAUCGAAGCGACCCUUGCCCUCCACAAGAUCGGCAUCGCUCACUGCGAGUGAGCGCGGGGAGAUGGGACAAGAGAUGUGGUCAUCGCACACACGUUUGUUUGUUUCCCGUGGGUCAGUCUCAAUCCCGGUAUGUACCGCGCGUGUAUGCACACCGGACGGUGGCAGGCCAAGUAGUAUGACCAGACGCACGGUGGAUUGCUUCGCUUCAGGUAACAUCCUCUUGCCGCUUCUGAAAGCAGAGGACAUCCAUUGGCCAUAUGGCGCAGCUGCACCCAAAAGAGUAGGUGUCUCACCCACAGUCGAACAGUCGCAUCAAUCUCUUCGUUCGUCUCUCUUUUCCCCAUAAUCGGUACAGGGCGACGUCUUUGUGGCGACGGAGCUCAAGCCUAGAUCACUCAUACUGAUAGAUUUCAGUUCCCUUGCCUUCAUCACGGCCCCGGACGAGCGCGACCCGUGUGAGAAGGAGUCCUGGGAUGCAGCCAAAAUCGUCCAGUAAGUGAGUGCAUCGUCAGCGCCUCUCCGCCCCCUGUCUUCAUGCAUUGUUUGCGCAGGCUGAGUGAUUUGACGUUCACCGGUCCAAUGCUAGCUUCGCGGCCCGUGCUGGAGUCACCCACGCUCAUUGACAUGAUCAAACAUCAGCACGAUCCCGACAAGGUGGGAGGCGUGCACUAGACGGGACUCUUGCAUGUGUCUCAUGUUAUGUCAUGUUACGUUGUGUGGGGGUGUGUACAUCCCGAUCCAGAGCUGCUACAUGUUCAGCCUAUUCUUUGGGGGGCCAGUGGCAACUGAGUAG